CAACGUCAUCUCGACCAGAGCAGGGAAGGGCUUCACGCACACACCCACCGAGUCUAUUUUUUUUCCACCCCUUUUGUACUGAUACACGACUCGUAUAAAACAUGGGCAGCUAAUUUGCCCAGCGUUUUUUUUUAAGUCCAGUUUCAUGAGUACCCUUUAUUCUAAUUGGAUUCACGAUCGCCCACUCAGCGUGGAUUGAAAUGGGAUGAUAAUGGGAUUGUUCACGUCGACCAAGAUCGAGGAGAUACUCUGCUUUGCUCUAGUGUUCCUGUCCAUCUCCGUGGUGGUAGAUUCAUCAGAUGUGAAUUGCGAGAAUGUUUACAAGGACUUCUCGGACUGUGUCCUGGAGCUGGGGGAGAGCAUGGACAACUAUCAGGAAAACGUGACCAGUGAGAGCGGAGUGGCGGCUGUGUGCAGCCACUGGGAAGCUUUCCACACGUGUGCCCUGACGGCGCUGUCCGACUGCCAGCAGGAGGUCAGUUCCAUCUGGGAGACUCUGAGGCAGGACUCCCGUAAGAUGCGCUUUCAGGGAAGCUUGUUUGACUUGUGUAGUCCCAGUUCAUCUCCAAGCAUGAGGUCACCUGUUGCGGCGCUGACCCUGCCGCUCACGGCCAUGUUGCUCACCACCGGGCCCAGAUGGUCCUUCAUGUAAAGGCGGCCACUGAAGCGGGCGCGGAAGAAGACGGGCAGAGUGAGACCUGUCUUAUGUUCCACCAGGCUCACUCUUCCCAAGCACAACCUAAAGCCAAGGAAUAACACAAGCAUUAUUUUCACACUAGUAUCCGUAGUUAGUCAAACAAUCUUGGAAAUCAAAUCAUAAUCAAAAGGUACAGUGGUCCCGACACUAAGGUGAUUUUUAAAGCAAUGCGUUGGUGUAUUUGUUUUUAAGGCACCACAUACACAGUAUGUUGUCAAGUUUAACGACGAUAGUUCAAAGAAAGGGUUCAAAAUUUAGCAAUAGCUUCCUCUUGUUGUGUUCGCUCAAAAUGACGCUACUGCUUAGCUUUGCGAAUAUGGUUCCUGUCAGUGGCUGGCCAUGCAUUUUAUACCUGGACCUUUAGUGGGGACUUACUCUGACAUCACAAUUACACAAGCCAUCACGAAAAAAAAAAAAAAUU